AUGGAAUUUCUCAUAACGAGUGCGCCAUCGUGGCCAACGGACGAUGAGAAGGCUUCUUGUCGUGGAACCGCGAUGGCGCCCUGUGGUCUACUGAUAUGGAUGGUCCUCGCUACUCCCUCCAUAAUCGUCCGCUUCUGGCCAACUGAGCUCCGCCGACGACGUCAUUCGCCGCGAUGUUACCUGCCGAACCACCUCCUGGGCCCUCCCGAACGAGACCGCGCACAUUAUACCCGCCGCGCAGAGCGAAUGGUGGCAGCGGAACAGCAUGCUUCUCUGCUCCAAGUCAAUCCCGAGCAAGAUGUCGACAUUCGAUGCGUUGAAAACACUAUCCUGCUAAGUCGGGAUUUACGUAAGAUGUGGGACGACAACAAAUUUGCGAUUGUGCCAAAGGUGGGAACAAGGGUUGUUCAUGUGUUGUGGAAUUCAUUUCUAGUCGAGAUGAAGGAACGAUAUGACAACCUCGAGUUACAGCCAUGGGCUGGAUCAUCGAAAUACUUUUUCCUAUGUCGAUUAGCCCUAUCAGAGUGUGAUGAAGAUCAAAACGAGGAACAAGACGAAGGAGGCAGACCUUGGAAGUGA